AUGUACAAUGGUUGCUCCACCCGCGUCCGUACAUCUGACGGACUAACGGAGGAGAUAGAGAUCCAGGCGGGGCUCAAGCAGGGCUGUCCACUGUCGCCCAUCGUCUUUAACCUCGCGCUCGAGCCGAGGCUCCUCAAUGUUGUGGGUGAGGCGGCGACGUGGGCCGGGCUUACCUUCAAGCCGUCGAAGUGUGCCACGCUUCACAUCCGCCGUCGGCAGACACUAGGCUCGGUAUUCGCCCUGCAAGGGGGAGAACCAGCCGUGCUCGGUGCGGGUGACGCCUACCUCCAUCUUGGCGUUCCCACCGGGUACAAAGUCACGCAGACGCCAACGGAUGCGAUCGCGGCAAUUCGACGAGACUUGCAGCACCUGGACGCUUCCCUGCUGGCUCCCUGGCAGAAGAUUGACGCUGUGCGUGUCUUCCUCCUCCCUAGGCUUGACUUUGUCAUGCGGGGCGGAGCGGUACGCAAGGGGCCGCUAUCUGCACUCGACAAGGCAGUGAAAGCGGCUGUCAAAUCUUGGCUGUUCCUCCCACAGCGUGCGUCCACCGAACAGCUGUACCUCGCGCUGGGAGAGGGAGGAUGCGGCCUGACGCCGCUCGCGGACGCUGCGGACAUCUCGACGAACGUCCACGGCUUCCGCAUGCUGCACUGCGACGACGCCACCGUCCGCGACAUCGCCUGGGCCACACUAACUACGGCCGCGCGCCGCCGACUGGGGAGGGAGCCGAGUCGUUCCGACUUGGCCACCUACCUUAGCGGCAGCACUGAGGGUGACCUCGCACGCGACGGAGGUGACAUCCAGUCACUGUGGACGCGCGUCAGGAACGCCACAAGGCGCCUAGCGCCGCGUGGCGUCACCUGGCGCUGGAGUGAGCUGCUUUCCGAGUUGCAGGUGGAGGUCGGCGGCCGACCCGCCAUCGCUGACGACGCGGAACACGGCGGCAUCGGAGGGGUGACGCAGCCGGCCACGGAGGGGGCGGCGCCUGGGACUGCACGACACCUCGAAGAUGGCGGCGAUGGACCGCAGCACGAUGAUGACAGCGUGGGACGCACCGCCAACACUGGCGUCGAGCAUGUCCGGGUGGGAGGGGGCGCCAAACGUCUUCUCUCGCGGACGCUCCGCGAGUGUCUGAGGCAGCGCCUGCGCCACAUCCUACUCAGGAAACCGGACCAGGGGAAGGUGUUCGAGUGCACCAGGGAGUCCACAGCGUCCAACCACUUCAUGGCGGGAGGAAAAUACACCCGCUUCGCAGACUGGCGCUUUAUCCAUCGCGCCAGGCUCGGAGUCGUGCCCCUCAACGGCUGCCGCCGUUUUGAUGGGCGGGCAAACAACAACAAAGCCUGCCGACGCUGUGGCCACAACAACGAGACGCUCCCGCACGUGAUUAACGCGUGCAUGGUGCACUCAGCAGCCCUGCAGUAUCGCCACAACGCGGUCCUCAACCGCCUCGCGACAGCAGUCGCUGGGCGGCCAAGGAGAGGAAACACUGCUGUUCCUGACAUCAGGAUCAACCAAGCCGUCAUAGGGGACAGCAGUGGGCUGCGUCCGGACCUCGUAAUAACUGACGAGGCCGCUCGCGGCUAUUCCGUCACUGUCGACGCCCUGGUUGUCGGCAGUCUGGGGACGUGUUAUCUAUUAGUUAUUCAUUUAUUCUCCUUUGGCGCUCAAAGACAAAGGUCGCUUGGUUGCCAAAGGACAACGUGAAGAUUAAUAAUUCAAUAAGUGGGCUUUUUUUCACUGUUCACACGUACUUGGCAACUGGCAAUUCUUAUAGAACAUUAGAUUUUUCUUUUCGGAUUGGAUUUUCAACUAUUGGAGAAAUAGUUAAAGAGUGUUGUGAGGUAAUUUGAAAAACUCUACGACCGAUUUACAUGCUAGAACCAAACAAAGAUGAAUGGGAACAGAUAGCCAAGGAUUAUGAUCAGAAGUGGAAUUAUCCACACUGCAUAGGAGCUUUGGACGGCAAGCACGUUCAAGUCCGAUGUCCAGCUGGUGCUGGUUCAUUGUACUAUAACUACAAAGGAAUAUAUUCCAUUGUUUUAUUGGCUUUGGUAGAUGCAAAUUACAAAUUCACGCUUGUUGACGUUGGAGCUUAUGGCAAAAGUAGCGAUGGAGGAACUUUUGAGCGAUGUGAGAUAGGGAAAAGAUUUGAAAGCAACAAAUACGCCGUUCCAAAAGACAAAGAGCUACUACCAGCAAUGGUGAUUCCUUAUGUAAUUAUUGCAGAUGAAGCCUUCCCUCUUAAAACCUAUUUGAUGCGUCCAUACAGCAAAGCAGCCAUUACAAGUGACGAAGAGAAGGUAUACAUUUACCAUCAUUCAAGAGCUCGACGGACUGUAGAAAAUGCGUUCGGAAUUUUAGCCGGACGCUGGAGAAUAUUUCUAAAGCCUAUUAAGCCGGCCGAAGUGGCCGUGCGGUUAAAGGCGCUGCAGUCUGCAACCGCAAGACCGCUACGGUCGCAGGUUCGAAUCCUGCCUCGGGCAUGGAUGUUUGUGAUGUCCUUAGGUUAGUUAGGUUUAACUAGUUCUAAGCUCUAGGGGACUAAUGACCUCAGCAGUUGAAUCCCAUAGUGCCCAGAGCCAUUUGAACCAUUUUUAAAGCCUAUUGAAACUAAACCAGAAACUGCCGAUCUAAUAGUUUUAGCUUCCACCUGUCUACACAACAUGCUUCGGAAUACAUCAACAAAUAUUUCCCCUUUCGAGGAACAAAUCAGAAUGGAAAGUGAACACAUUCAUGGUGUAGCCAACCUCGAACCCAUUCGUCGAAAUUUCGUGAGAGAAGCGGCCAUCACCAGAGAUAAGUUCAAAAAGUACUUCGUUUCUGAUUAUGGUUCAGCAAGUUGUCCUUGGCAAUGGCACUCUAUUCGAAAGGGUAGAGUUGCUCCAUGACACGUCCAGUGUUAUUUACUUAAUAUACGCAUUCGUUAUAACCGACCGUUUUAAGUUAAAUUGGGUGUUAUUGUUAAUUACAAUUCAUAUAAUCCAAUUUAUAUAAUAGAUAUCUGUUAUAUUCAUACAUGGUUAUACUUGUUAUGGAUUGAUACUUUCUCCCUAUAAAUAUA